AUGGUCUCCCAGCUGGAAAUCUUCGUGAGGGCUCUGUCUCGCACGUUGUGUUGGUCUGCGUCCUUCUAUCCCCAGCCCAUCAACAACUUCCGCCGGAAGGCAACGACUGGCCUGGCCAUCGAUUUCCCAACGAUUAAUGUUCUAGGAUUUAUUUGCUAUACAGCCUAUACUUCGGCCUUCAUGUAUUCGCCCGUAAUUCGAGGCCAGUAUGCUGCUCGUCAUCCGCUGUCGGAGGAGCCAACUGUGCGCUUCAAUGAUUUUGCCUUUGCCCUCCAUGCCGUCGUUAUGAGCACCCUCGUUUAUAGUCAGUUCUGGCCCCAGAUCUGGGGCUUCAAGGUUUCACGCUUCCAAAGGGUUAGCAAGCCAGUUGCAGGCCUUUUCUGGGGGUCGCUGGUUGCCGUUGGCAUUAUAAUUACCAUCGUUCUUGCCCGGAGUCCCGAUAAGGGUUACGAACCCUCGACAUGGGCGUGGAUUGACGUAAUAUACACUCUUUCCUACGUGAAACUGCUCAUCACCAUUGUGAAGUAUGUGCCUCAGGCAUGGGUCAACUAUAAACGCAAAUCCACAGACGGCUGGAGUAUCGUCCAAAUCCUCCUGGAUCUGUCAGGGGGCGUGCUGUCCCUGAUUCAGCUGAUACUCGAUUCAAGUUUCCAAAAUGAUUGGAGCGGGAUCACGGGGAAUCCUAUCAAAUUUCUCCUGUCGAACGUCACAAUCGUCUUCGAUUUGGUCUUCGUCGUUCAGCAUUAUAUUCUGUACCGGGAGAAGGACGAAGGCAAGGACAGACGCAGGAAUCCAGAUCUCAUCACCCCUCUGCUGGCAGACCCGAACCAUCUGCCCAGAACUGCUAGUUACUAG